AUGUUCAGUCAGCUCCCCGCCGUCGCGUUUUCCUCUUCCCCGCCGUCGCGUUUUCCUCCUCCCCGCGGUCACGUUUUCCUCCUCCCCGCCGUCGCGUUUUCCUCCUCCCCGCCGUCGCGUUUUCCUCCUCCCCGCAAUCGCGUUUUCCUCCUCCCCGCCGUCGCGUUUUCCUCCUCCCCGCCGUCGCGUUUUCCUCCUCCCCGCCGUCGCGUUUUCCUCCUCCCCGCCGUCGCCUUUCCCUCCUCCCCGCCGUCGCCUCUCCCUCCUCCCCGCCGUCGCCGCUCUUUCCUCCCCGCCGUCGCGUCUCCCUCCUCCCCGCCAUCUCCUCUCCCUUACCUCCCCGCCGUCGCCUCUCACUCCUCCCCGCCAUCGCCUCUCACUCGUCCCCGCCGAUUCGCCUUUCCCUCCUCCCCGCCGUCGCCUCUCCCUCCUCCCCGCCGUCGCCGCUCCUUCCUCCCCGCCGUCGCGUCUCCCUCCUCCUCGCCGUCGCCUCUCCCUCCUCCCCGCGGUCGCAUCUCCCCACUCCCCCCCGUCGCCUUUCCUUCCCUCUCCGCCGUCGCCUCCGGCGACAGGUGCACGAGCGCAAGCGCGGGUUGGUGCGCAAGCGCGGUUGGUGCGCGAGCGCGGGUUGGUGCGCGAGUUUUCUCAGGCACCGUGGUUAUCAGGUGCGUUCCCGGUCCUUCCGUCCUCCCUUCCCCCCUCUGA